AUGAGGCGGCCGAGGCCCAAGAGAGGAGAACGCCGGAUCGACGCCGCCACUGACCACCUGGCCCAGUACGGCUUCGCCAAGCCCCAAAUCCGCAACGUCAUCCACGACCUCCUGCAGCUGUAUGGGAGAGAUGGGUGGGUCUUCCUGGAGGAGGGAUCAUACCGUAUGGUGCUUAACAGACUCCGGGAAGAACAGGCGCAGCAGGAUCAGAAAGAAGAGGCAUUACCACAAAAUGGUAUGGAAGUCUCACGAGUGCAUGGUGACGCACCGAAUGAAUCUCAGUCAGCCCUCGAAGUGCAAGCUUCUGCCAACAGUUCACCUCCCCUGGAAUAUGUACUUCCAGUGCCUCCAGCAAAAGGGCCUUGUGCAGGACCUCCCUGCUAUGGAUGGAUUAGUGAAGAGUCCGAGACUGAGAGUGAACCAGAGGAUGGAGAAAUGCUUUCUGAUGCAGGGCCUGUAAUUUUCGCCAAAAAGGAUAUACCAAAUCCUGUGGAGAUGUUGCCUUGUAAAAGGAAGUGA